AAAGUUCUGUGAAUGGCCUGACCACGGUCUGACCUACUUUCUGCUUGGAGGUCUCAAGAACGUAAUGUUUUCGCCCUCUAUGGAUUAACUGAAGAACUAUAUGAAGAUGACGGCUCACUUUGCCAACCUAUGAAGUUGCCACUUCUACCAAUGUUUUGCCAGCAAGUGACCAAAAAUCAUAUGACUGGACUUGUGAAAGCUACACACGUGACGUUUAUUUACAGUCUAAUUCGUACGUAAAUAUAGAUCUAGUUCGAACUUGGAGUAAAACAGCGUAAGUUGAAGAUGUGACGAUACUCCUUGUAUUUGUUCGUGUAGAGCACACGAAAAUGGCUUUGUUGAAUAGGUUUUUUCCUAAUAAGAAGAAAAGUCAUAAGCAAGGUUAUGUCCCAUUUGGAAAAAGUGAUCAUUCAGGUUGGAAACCAUUCAACUUCUCGCGGGAGCAAGUGAGAUUGUUGCUGUUCAGAGAGUGCGAUGCUCGGGGGCGAAAAUUAUUAUUUGAUUCAAGCGCAGUUCUUAAGACUGUGAUUGAAAACACUCAGUGUUCAAAAUCAAGACUUGGAUCUAAGCCAAAAUGUGAUAAUCCAAAGAGGACUGAAGCAUAUGUUGAAGUCACAAAUGGAGUUGGUUAUCAGUAUACAAGACCAAGUUCUGAUGUUAAUUUAAUGGGUGAAAUGAUAUUUGGUUCUGUAGCCAUGACUUUUAAAGGCAUGGUAUGUAAAGUUCAUUGCAUGAAAUCACCUGAUCGUUUAAUGUGCUCUAGAGUAUUUCAUGCUCCUUCAGUCUCCUUUAGUAGUAAACGUGCAAGUGACCAAAGUAUCGAUUCCAGUGGGAGUUCCAUCAGUUCAAUUAAUGAUUCCUUGUUUUCUCUUAGUGGAAAUCAUGAAGCUAAAUUGACACCAAGUAAUUCUAGCGGUCCUUUAGAUGUUCCUCGCUCGGACUCCAAGGGGAAAGCUCCCAUGAGUAGCUUGGAAGGAGACAGUGGAUUUUGUGGUGAUGCAUCAUUAUGUUCAAUUAGCAGUGUUGGCUCAGGGUUAUGGGGCCCUUAUCCAAAUGUUUGUGAUUCUCGAAGUGCUUCCCAGUCUACAUUAGGCAAUAGUAGUACUUCAGGAGGUAGUUUAGCAAGUUUGCAGCGACGAUGGAUGAAAAAUGUUAGUACGACUCUUGAGCAUGGAAUAGCAUGUUCUCCGUGGCAUUUUAUUAGAAGGAAGAAUUCUUCUGGAGUAAAUGAUGAAGUCGCAAGUCGUAUGCAUCGCAAAACUCAACUUGGAUUUACAGUAGUUAUGAAUGUUUCUUUAGAACAAGAGAAGGAUAUGGAAAUUUUCUUCUUUGAACAUAUGGCUGUAAUAGAAGGUAUGCUUGAACGUUUGCAAAGCAGUGUAGAAAAAGCAUAUGUGAAGAAAGAUGUUUUUGUGCAUUUGAUGAUGGAAGCAUUCCAUAAUAUACAGCAGUGGUUGUGUGAUUUGUUUACUGCUCCACGCCUUUUACAUCCAGUAUGGAUAGGCUUAGUAUCUCCUGAAAGUCAUUGUAAUGGCUCUCGAUUUCGUUGCAACAUUAUGACAGUGUUUCUGAGAGACCUGUGUCAAUUAAUUGCUGCAAUUGACACAAAAUCUACAAAUUUUUUCAUCAGUACCCUGGUAACAGCAGUGUUGACGCAUCAUUUGGGAUGGGUAGCUACCAUCAUGCCUGCAAAAGCGCCUCCUAGUAGUGUGACAAAGCCUCCUUGUGCUAUUCAUGAUUUGGCAAAAUCUCAUCCAUACAAUGCAUUGUGGGCUCAACUGGGAGAUCUGCACGGAGCUUUGGGAAAUCCUGUGAAAAUUGCUCGUACUAUUGUCACCGCAAAUGGAAAGAAAAGUGACCUUUUAAAUAAAUUACUUAUUUCUCUUUCAUACUUCAUAAGAAGUGGAAAUAUUGAGAAAAGAAUUGAUAGUGAAAUUGGUGUUGAUAAUGAAUCAAAUAUUCUGGAUUCGGUUUUGGAGAAUGUCUCAUCAGUUAAUCUAAAUUCUAGCACAGGAUCUACAUCGACAAUUGUGCCUGAUGACAGUGCAAAUUUUGGAAGGCAAGAUUCAAAUAUAAUUAAUGAUUCCAAAAGAAAUAUAAACAGUGAAGGAAGGGAAAGAAGUGACUUCUUAAUGGAACAAUUAGUAGAAUUGGAACUUUCCUCAAAAAUUCAAUCAUCCAAAUCUCAUUGUGAUACUAACUUCAAGAAAACAAAUUCUUACCUGAAUUCUAUCAAUACUUCUACAGAAGUGGGAUUCAGCCUCUCUCAAAAUUCAUCAAAAUUGUAUCCUGAUUUAUUAAAUGUGGACCGUGAAUAUCUUAAUCCUGAUGUCAUUUCAGAGAAAGUCAGCCGAUUGUGCAGGGUACCAACAAAUGCACUUUUGUAUCAUUUGAUGAAUGAAGAACCCAAAGUGGAACCUUUGGAACAUUUUCCACCUAGAAAAGUGGAUUGUGAAAGACAGUUUUCUUCUUUACAGACUAAAAAUAGAGAGAAGUUUGAUAUGUCGAUUGAACAUAAUAUGGCACAAAAAUAUCAGACUAAGAUGGAUGACAAUUCUAAUUCACAUUCAGCUGCAGGUGGUGUUAUAUUUGUUCUAGGUGAUAAUGAAGAGUUAGUUGAUCUGAAGAGUCAAGAUGGGAUUAGUUUACCAAAGAGCAUGAGUGAUAAUGUCCUGUUCAGUGAAACAAUAAACGUUAAACAAAGUGCGAUGAAAAAAUCAAGCUGUUAUCCAUCUCUGGAGGGUCUGUCUGAGUGUCAAAAUAAUUCCAAGUUUUUGGGAGUUCAAGCUAGUUCAUUUCAAACCAAUAUCACAAAUUUCAACCAAUGUGCUGAAGCUAGUGAAAACCUAGAAGUUAAUACUCGAAGACCAACUAAUAAUGAUUCAUCUGUGAAGUGUUUUUCAGGUUGUGAAGAGACAGGUGUUGAUUCUGGUGUAGGGUUAGAAGUUGCAAUUGCUCGUAAAAUUGUAAAUGAGGAACAGGAGUUUGUGUGUGAUAGAACUAGUGUAUGGAAGAAUGAAAGGACGAACAAAAGUGAUGGUGAAAACUCUUCCACUCUAAUGCCCGUUUCAUUUGUUGAGGAUAUUAAUGGGAAUCCUAAGAGUGAUGAUAAGGUCAAUAGUGGUAAUUCUAGUGGAAAAGUAGUUACUUCUCAUUCAUUUAUAAUAGAGCUUGAAGAUGUUCAUGUAAAUUCAGAUACUAAAAUUCCAGUUGUAGGAAAAAAAGUAUCAAAACACAUUGCAAGGUCUCAGAGUUUGUCUUUUCCUGAUAGAAAGUCUUUAUCUUGCAAGAAAUCUGUGGGUAUUUGUAGAAGACAUAGUGUAAAUACGCAUGUUAAUGACAGAUAUCUGAAAGACUAUCAUAGUGUCAGGUUUAAUUUUGAACGGUGUGAUGGGAUUUUGAGUGAUUAUGUGGAUGGAAUUGGUGUUGACAAAUCUUCACUGCCCGAAAAGAAAUCUAUUAAAAUUUCUGAAGCCAGAGGCAAUUUUGAAUUUCAGGACAAAAUUUGUGAAAAGUGUGGACAUAGAAAAGAUAGGAUUUUAAAAACUACAGUAUUACAUAGUAGUGAUAUGUAUGAUUGUGUGUGCAACAGUGAUAUUACCAACAAACAUGGUUGUAAAGAGAAGUCUUUAACUAUUGAGACUAAAGCAAGAGAAGGCAACGCGUUAUUUGAUGAAUAUGGAACAUUAUCGGACGAUGAAUUGUUGUCUUCCACUGAAAUAUCACAAGGAAAAGAGUCGGAAGUUGUAUCACAAAAAACUGAAAGUCAUCCAAUGCUUAUUGAACUUCCUCUCCCUUGGUGCAACUCUAGUCAAAGAGAACAAGGUUCUGGACUUGCUGCCUCCCUUCUAGGAGGUGUGACUGAUCACUAUAUGCCAGACAUGGUAUUACAUGGCUGCACCCAGGCAUUGCCUCUUUGGGAGGCAACAUUGAAGCAUGACUUGGCUGUUUCUGCACAUCGGCCUAUGCUGGACCAAGAAAUUUCCGAAGCAGUGUGCAUUGUUGGUAAUGCUGAAUUGUGGGAGGUGCAACUAGUUUCAAGUCAUGUGUCUAUUGUUGACAAACCUGGAGGGUUUGGAAUUCGUGUUGGAAUGUCUCAACUUGUGGCUAAUAUGCUGGAGUCUCUGUUACAUCUCUGGAAACUGAGAACUCCUCCAGAGCAGUGCCUUCAGCAUCUUGAGUCAAAGUUACGUGAACUAUGCUUACGUAGCCAGGCUUUAGCAGAACUUCUUCUGACAACAGAUUUGUGUGAUUUGGGUACCCUAACAUCGUCUUUAGGUCUGGAAGCAAAUGAUGUUCCUCUGCUUUUAGCAAUUGCAUCUACACAUUCACCUCAGGUGACAAAUCUCUAUGGAUUGACUUUCCGGUAAUAUAAGUACAAAUGUUAAUCAUUUUACAAUGUUCCUAUAUGUAUUAUCUCUCAGUGUGGUUAUGGUUUUAUGAUUGAGUAUAUAUAUCAACAUUUUUAUUUCAAGAAAAUUGUUUUUCAUUUAUUAUUUGUAUGCAGAUAAUUAAAAUUAUAAAAGUUUCAAAAAGAUUUAGACAAGUAUGCAAACACAAUUUGAUCAGAUAUUAAUUUUCCAGUUUUGAAAUGAAAUAUAUAUAUAGAAUAAUAUAGAUCAAGAAAAGGUGAGUGCUCAGACAGUACUCCACUUCUUUUCGCUAAAUAAAUUUUGAAAUAUUGGGGGGGAUGGGUGAUUUUUUAGGAAUGUAUUUUUGAAGCCCAGUAAUAAUAAUUUAAUGUGAAAAAAUGUUUGCCCUAACUCGAGAACUCCCAAUUGGAGAAUAUGCACCUCUGGCUGGGAGAGGGGUCCCAAACAAUUGCAAGCGAAGAUUGGGGGAAGGACAAUAUAGGUAAUUUGGAAAAUUGAACUUUAUUAAAAUUAAAAUUUGCACCAAAUUUCAACAUUCAAUGAACGUUGUUCAUACGGCAGUAAUAUGCCGAAACUCCCACGUAUGAAGCUUCAUUCACAGAAGAACUGAAGCAAAUUUCUAUCUGCCCAGAAAUGUCUUUCACACAGUAAACAGUUAGCACUUUUGUUUCUAACCCCUUUAGAUAGAAUAUGGUGGUGAUCAUCACACAAUUUCAUGUCUAAUUUUGGAUCAAAAUUUUCCCAAAUGUGACCCCCUAAGUGUUUAGCCUAGUAAGGGACUUCCCUGAAGGAUCCUUCUUUCAACCACUGGUGCAACAUUGCACAAGGUAAAUUUACUCAUUUAUGAAUAAACAAACAAAAUGAAUGUUAAUAAUGAAUGUUUGUUCACACUUUAAAGAAGAAAAAAAUGUCUUUUUGGAGGUAAAGCAGCUUCUUUCUAGAUUAAUCAAAUGUCAAAAUUAAGGACACCCCUCCCAUCACAUUUCCGUAAGGUGUUCUUAUACAUAUGUUGAAUAUAGUCUGGCGGAUUUUUCUUGAACUAACCUGGUAUUUAUUAAUUAUUAACAUCUAAUUGUUACACUUUGAAAUAUUAUUUAUUUAUACAAUCUAUUUACGGUAUUUAUUCCUACCAAUACCAUAUCUGUUCACCAAGGUAUGUCCGUCGUGAGGAAAUUUAUUUGGUGGGCCACAAAAGUCAUCCUUACAGAGUUGCAUCGACAAAGGUUAAUAUAAUAAAUAUUUAUUUCAAUUAAUCAUUUGGAUUCUGGGAUUUUCUUUACCAGUAUGAAAAUACUACCCCUUCUUCAAAUAAACAAAACAUUUUUAUAAUUAGCUUUUUCUUCUGCUUUGAAUAGAAAACAAUACAUAGUACUUCUACUGCAACACAUAAAACAAACAAUAUCAACUACAUCAAUAUAUUAAUCAUGUUUCUUAUUAAUCAAUCUUCUGACCACACAACUUAGUGUAUAACAUCCCCCAAUUUAAGUUUUUAAUGCCUUUUUAGGUGCCAAAAUUGUAAAUUGUUAUUGCUUAACAUCCGAUGUCUACUUAUCACAAUAGUUAUCGUAUCUUAACUUUAUUCCUUCUUAAAUUAAGUGCAAAAUGCACAUCUCCAUAAAAGUUAUGAAUUGUUUAAUUUAAGUUAAAAUCCUAUAAUGUGAGACCUGUAAGCCAGUGAAAUAAAUAACUCAAACAAAAGUAAAAGAAACACAAUAAAAUACAAUAUUUCGUGAUAAAUAUUACCUCCAAAAAUAAGAAAAUUGUACAUAAAUUUAAAAAAAUUAAAAUAAUAACAUUUUCUCUAGGUCACUUAUGUACCACUGGCUGUUAAUGGCAUAAUGCACUUUUAUAUACUCUUUCUUGAUGUUCUGUUGGGGAGGCAGUCUUCGAAUUCAUGCAAGUAUACUAACUGAUGCAAGGUGAAUUUCAGCAUUAUAGCUAACUGAAUAAUUUUAUUUCUUAAACUUUCUGUUUGGUAAUGAGUGAAGAGCUGGAGUGUUACAAAUCUGAAUUGUCAAACUUCAAGGAACACCAAAAAGAGCAGCAUAUUAAAUACAAAUUUUUGAAUUGAAGAAUUCAAGGGAAACGGUGAAAUCACAGCGAUCACUUUUAAGUUACGAGCCCUGGCAAAAGAGAGUGCUGUACCAGCCAGUUUGGGAAUGGGUCAUAUUCAGCUGGGCUGUGAGUCCAGGUGCCAAAAAGUACACAACUAGUUGGAUCAAUUUUAUUCUGCUAUUAAAUGGUAGAUUGUUCUAAAAAUUUUAAAAAAAUUGUAAAACAAUGUUUAAAUGUCUGCUAAGAUUUCUCUUCAAAACUGCUGUUAUUUUUAUGGCAACUUUUCAUUUCUUAGGCUAGAAUUUGUCAAUACUUGAAAAAAAUUAUUUUCCCAAAAAAAUUAAACUUCAUCCAAAAACUAUUUUGGUUUUCAAGCUAAAUUGUCCUGAUUAUUUGUCUUACCAGUUUCCAAGAUCUUUACUGCUUUCUCGCCUUUGAGGUAUUUCAAACCAGCCUAUUUAGGUUAUUAAAGAGAAAAUAGCUUUUUAUAAUAAUUAAUAAAACUACUCAUUUUUAAUUAUUUUACUCGUGAUUAUUAAAACAGUGAAAUGUCAUAAUGUAGGCUGGUAUAGUAUAAUAAAAAUUGGACUUAAACAGAAUUUGAACUUUUAAUGUACCCAAUGAAUAUUUCUAUUUUUACCCAAGUUUUUAAUUGUCUUUUGUUGUAAACAGUUGAAAUUCAUUCUGUUUUACAAAAAAUCCUUUUUGAUUGUAAUAUUUGUAAUUAUUCAAACAAUUCUGCAAUAGUAGCUAUUGGUCAUACAUCAAUGAGAUUAAACUGUAAGAGACGUUGCUGCUUUUCCUUACAAAAAGGCACUUUGUGUCUUCAGAGGUUGUCUAUAAAUUACGUAACGAGAGGUGAUGCAUUACAUAGGGAUAGGGAGGUAUUAGUUUAGGGUUACAUAACAUUGGAUUUCUUUUUCCUUUUUUCAUUUUUCAAUAUUUGCUGAAGUAAUUUGAUUCUUUGAGUUGUGUACUAAAAUAUUAACUGAUUAAUUUGCUUUAAAAACAUAAGUAAAUUAAAGUUAUUAGAUGUAGAUUGUUACGAUAAAUGGAAGUAUUUUUUCAUCAAUUUUUACUGAAUCUUUAUGAUUAUGAAUAAAAUGUUCAAAACUGAUAUGUAGAAUAUUCUAGAAUCCAUUUAAAUGGGCACAGUAGUCUCUCGGUCAUGUGUCAAUCACAAAGGCGUGUACAUGGCUUCCAAUAAAAAAUUUUAUCUCCUAUUCAUCCUUCCUUCACUCACAACUUGUUCCAAACUUAUUGUUAGGUGCAGCCAACAUUGCCAGCUAAUUUCUUUUUUAAUUAUUAUUAAUUUUAAUGUACCACACAAUACUGUAAAAUUAAUAAAAAUUGUUUUUGCUGUGCUAUAAUUUAUUUUCAUUUCAUGCAUGUGCAAGGGGAGGGCGAGUGUUGCAAGGGGUAUGUAAUUAUUUAGGAGGCUUUCAAACACAUGUUAAGAAUGUGUUAUGGGGGGGGGGGGUAUUCAGUACACCCCAAAUUUGAGUUAUGUAAUUUAUGGACGGCCCCUGAACGCAUUAUUUGUUGGUUAUGUCUGUAUACUCUCUUUAGUUGGUAGAUGUAACAAACUGCACUGAGGAGAUAAUACAAGAAAAGUGAAUUGUAAUUGAUGUGUUAAUUGAAUUCACUCUGAUGUUAAGGUUUUGCUUAGUAAGAGAUAAGACCCUUGUUUAAUGUGUAUAUCAGUUAAGAGAAGAGGUUGAUUUUAAACAUAGGCACAAAUAUAUAUGUAUAUAUGAAAGAGGGGAGUUUUUUUUUUUUUCAUUUGUUAAUUGAGAAUGCCUAAUUUUAUGAAUU